ACAUACACUGAUACACACACACCAACAACAACAACAACAACAACAUUGCUCAAGCCCCAACCCAAACAACCCCAAGCAGCAUAGGGCUUUGGUCCCCGCUCUCUCUCUCUCUCUCUUUCUCUCUCUCUCUCUGCCCGUUAUCGGAUCUGAUUCACAACCCGAAACCCACACACUUCCACACCCGUUUCUUGUCCGAUCCCAUCAAAUUCCCACCCCACUUUCUCUGAAACCAACAAACAAAUCGGCCAAUUUUCCAAAUCAUCAUCAAAACACCACCGUUUCGGCCGCGCCCGGGUCGGAUCCGAUCGGCGUCGGCGAAAUUUCUCGGGCAUUUUCAUUACCAAAUGGGAAUGCCCAGUAAACGAUGAGCAAAGCCCGAGGGGAAGAAGACGAAGACACCGAGUGCUUCUACGAGUCUCUCGAUCGCAUUGUCUCCUCCUCUUGCUCCUGCUCCACUUCCAACUCCGGCUCCGACACCGAGUCCGACCCGAACCCGAAUUAUGCAGUACCCAAAUUCCCAAUGGGCGCCUCCAUCAAAUACGACGUUUGGAUCUCCGAGCCUUCCUCCGUCUCCGAACGCCGUUCUAAACUUCUCAGCGAAAUGGGUCUCACCGGCGACCCGGUUCUUACCCGGGCCAAGCCCCAUCUUGGUAACGCCGGCGACUUCGGGCGGUCGGUGUCGUCGGACUAUUUGAUCAGUCAACUGAGUUCUGGUGGUGGAGGCGUUAAUGGCAUCGUCCGUUCGAAAUCCGAUGGCGGCGACCAGUGUAAUAACGCUUGUUCUACUUCAUCUAUGUCUUCUCCUCCAAUUCUUUCGAUUCGUUGUGCUUCGGGUGAGGCUGAGACCGACCCUGAACCCGAAACCGGUUCUUUUGUAAAUAGAAAUUCAAAAAAUUGCGUUUUGAAGUCUUCAAGCGGUAAAAGCAACUCAUCUCCACCGAAUAAGCCGCCUUCCGGGAAAAAUUCCAGAAGGGCAGACGAGAUUCGAAGCGAUUCCAAGGUUGAUGAGGAGUUGGAUUGUAAUGGGAUUGUUAAGGUUACUGAUGGCAAUGCCAAUGCCCAAGUUUGUACUAUUAGGAACCUUGACAUUGUGAAUGAGAUUAGGGAAGAUGGUAUGUGGAACAAGCUGAAGGAAGUAGGGACUGGGAAGCAGUUGACCAUGGAGGAGUUUGAGAUGAGUGUUGGUCAUUCACCAAUUGUUCAAGAACUCAUGAGGAGGCAGAAUGUGGAGGAGGGUCAUAAGGAUGGUUUGGAGUCCAAUGCCAACGGGGGCAAUGGUGGAGUUUCAAAGUUGAAGAAGAGAGGGGGUUGGUUUAAGAGCAUCAAGAGUGUUGCAAGUACCAUGACUGGUCAUAGGGAUAGACGGAGUAGUGACGAGAGGGACACAUCGUCGGAAAAAGGUGGUCGGAGGUCGAGCUCCGCCACGGACGACAGCCAGGAUGUGUCCUUUCAUGGGCCGGAGAGGGUGAGGGUGAGGCAGUACGGGAAAUCAUGUAAAGAGCUCACUGCAAUGUACAAGAGUCAGGAGAUUCAAGCGCAUAAUGGGUCUAUUUGGAGUAUUAAGUUUAGUUUGGAUGGGAAGUAUUUGGCUAGUGCUGGUGAGGAUUGUGUGAUCCAUGUUUGGAAAGUAAUGGAGAGUGAGAGGAAGGGUGACCUGUUGAUGGAGAAAUCAGAAGAUAGCAAUUUCAACUUGUUAUUUUCCAAUGGGUCACCGGAACCAUCUUCAGUCUCGCCGAAUGUGGACAACCAUAUUGAAAAGAAGAGGAGAGGGAGGUCGUCAAUCAGUCGAAAAUCGUUGAGUUUGGACCAUUAUGUGAUUCCAGAGACUGUGUUUGCACUUUCAGAAAAACCCAUUUCUUCAUUCCAAGGGCAUCUUGAUGAUGUGCUCGACCUCUCUUGGUCCAAGUCUCAGCACCUGCUCUCAUCUUCAAUGGACAAAACUGUGCGCCUGUGGCAUUUAUCUACCAAGACUUGUUUGAAGAUAUUUUCACAUAGUGACUAUGUAACUUGCAUCCAGUUUAACCCUGUUGAUGAUAGAUACUUCAUUAGUGGAUCACUUGAUGCUAAGGUUCGCAUAUGGAGCAUCCCUGAUCGCCAAGUGGUUGAUUGGAAUGAUCUGCAUGAGAUGGUCACAGCUGCUUGCUACACUCCUGAUGGUCAGGGUGCCCUAGUUGGUUCAUACAAAGGGAGCUGUCGUUUAUACAACACAUCCGAGAAUAAGUUGCAACAGAAGAGCCAAAUUAAUUUGCAGAACAAGAAAAAGAAAUCUCAUCAGAAGAAAAUCACGGGUUUUCAGUUUGCACCCGGAAGUUCAUCAGAAGUACUCAUCACAUCUGCGGAUUCACGAAUCAGGGUUGUUGAUAGUAUUGAUCUGGUUCACAAGUUCAAGGGAUUUCGUAACGCAAAUAGUCAAAUCUCAGCCACCCUCACAGCAAAUGGUAAAUAUGUGGUAUCUGCUAGUGAGGAUUCUCAUGUAUAUAUAUGGAAACAUGAAGCUGAUUCCCGACCUAGCAGAAGCAAAAGCGUUACCGUCACACGCUCCUAUGAGCAUUUCCAUUGCCAAGAUGUAUCAGUGGCCAUCCCUUGGCCUGGAGUGGGCGAUUCAUGGGGAUUACAAGAUGCAGAACAAAAUGGGCUUGACAACAAUCUUGAUGAGGUCUCCACAGCCAACCAUCCCCCUACGCCUGUCGAGGUGGCUAAUGGCAACGAGGGUUCACGUUCGGCAUCUGGUUGCACCAAUAGCCCUCUUCAUGGAACCAUUUCGAGUGCAUCCAACACUUACUUCUUUGAUAGAAUUUCGGCAACAUGGCCCGAGGAGAAACUACUUCUAGCUACUAGGAACCGAAGCCCGCGUGUUAGUUUUGAUUUUACGAAUGGUUUUAGCCCAAACAUGACAGCCUGGGGUAUGGUGAUUGUAACUGCUGGCCUUCGAGGUGAAAUUAGAACUUUCCAAAAUUUUGGAUUGCCGAUUCGGAUUUAAGGAGCCAAAUAAUUGGGACCCUUGAUCCUGGGGAAGUUGAGUUGAUAAUGCUACAAAGGAGCCAGUCCAUUUUCCCUAUUGGCAAAUGUGUAUAGAGAGAGAGAGAGAGAGAGAGAGAUUUGGUGAGAUUUGUAAUAUUAGAGCGUUCCAUUUGUUACCCUUGUGCUUGUUGUGCCUAUCGGAUGUGGAGUUCAGUUGGAGAGCCAGUCCGAUCGGACAACAAGAAAGAAAAUAGAUUUGUUGAAAAAAAAAAUUGAAAAAAGAAAAAGAAAAACUACACCGUGAAUUUAGAAACCGAUGAAUUUCUGUAAUCGGGAAUUGUAGAGUUAUGAGAUGGGAAAAGCUUAUUUAAUUUAAAAAUGAAAAUUCUUUUUACUGUUUA